CGUGCGCUAUCAAUUCAUUCAACUUUUCUAAUCGCGAUUUGCUCCGAAGCUGUUCUGAAUCGUCGAGCAGUUUUAGCAUCCACCAUGUUCGGCGCAUUCAGAGUGACAAGUCCGCUAUGCGGCGGUCUGUUAUGGAAGAUCCCAUGGCGCCUAUCCCGAUUCCAGAAAGCACGGCAACGAAAGAGACUCCGUGCCGUUGAUUCGGUAGUAGAAACAAUAGAAAAUGCGUUGGCAAAGAAGGGCGAAACGCUGAAGGCCCUUGAGACGUGGAAGGAAACGAUGCCCACCGAGGCCGAGAUGCUACCCAAAGACAAAUACACCAUGUUCGACAGGAAAGAAAAGCGAUAUAGAAAGGGCAUUCAUAAGCUCCCAAAGUGGACGAGAGUGUCGCAAAGAGUGAACCCUCCUGGUUAUUAAACAUAUUCGUCACAUUCCAGCGAUCGAGACAAUUCCACGCCUAUAUAUCACUUUAUGACAUAUGUCACCGGGCUAUUAAACAAUGAACAUCCAUUGGGAGGCAUAUAUUCAUGCGGCGAGCUGAGGCGGCUGCACACAGCAUACUCCGACGAA